CGCCUACUCCACAUUGAACAGCAUCGAGGUAAAUGGCAAAAUAAUCUACCUUGUUAGCAGGGAAAUUAACCUCUUUGCCCACGACCGUUUCAGUCACCACUUAAAUAUCAUCAGCGCUGCACCUGGUUACCAUUAACAACCGCAUUCAUGUCGUAAAUUAGCCCAUUCGCUCGUCUUUUUUUUUAAAUGGAGACCAACGGCCACUACCAGCGCGACGAUUAGCGCAAAACACCAACGAAGAGGCAGCCGCGCUCCGACACAGCUGUGCCCGGCGCAAAAUGAAGGCCUAAAAGGUGGUACCGGGGCAGAUGUGCGUGGAAACGAGCAGUUUUCGUGCUGGAUUUGGUCUUCAAGUGACACUCGAAGCAGCGACCCACGCCCGCCAAAGAUCUUGGGUUGUUUAAUGGCGGUCAGUCCACGAGGCACUGUAGCAGACAAAACAACAACCCCCUCUCUCCAGGUUAGAAGGAUUAAUACUGUCUGGGAAGGCAAAAAGAUGUCCUAAUAAGAUGACGUUUGCUAGCGACAAGGUAUGGAAUGGCUAUUUGCGCACUCAUAUGGGGACCAUCGUCAACAUGAUCAAUGUGCGUGAGAUCGUGCCCCACUUGCCAUGCCUGACCAAUCACGACAGGGAGACCAUCGAAGCCAAGCGGGAGAUGUGCGGAAACUCUGACAGCGUGGUGCUGCUGCUGGACUGCCUGAAGAGGCGGGAGAACUGGCUCGAGCACUUCAUCCGUGCUCUGGAUAUGUGUGAGCACGGCGCCAUUGCUGCCGAAAUCCGAGCUGAGUAUGACAGGCUCCAAGGCGCCAGCAAUUCCGCCCCCAGCUCUCCCGCAACCGGCCUUGUGAAUGGCCACGUCGAUCCUGCUCCGUCCGGUGCUCACCUUUCCGGGUCAGACACCAGCAGCCCCAGCCAGGCUGCAACUUCCCCGUCCUGCCCUCCUCAGGCCGACCCGGAACCAGAGAUCCAAACUCCCGCACCCGCUCCACCGCCUGUAAUUGAACAGCCACUUGCCUCCUCUGCCUCUGAAACUGAUAUGGAUCCUCCGGAAAGCUCUGAAUCUAACAAAGCGGUCCCUGAGGAGGUUUCGUACUACUGCGACGCAUCGCUUGAAUCCGGCCAAGUUGCGGAAUUGUGCGACACAUCUUCGUGCGAUGUCAUUGAAAGCCCGCCGAAAAGUCCCAUUGACCUGGAUUUGACCGAUACUCGCCAGAGCCCCGAGAAGCACCCCGUGCAGGAAACUGCCGCAACUCUGGAAAAACUCACUCCCGCAGCUGUUACUUUGCUGCCAGGAGAUAUUUCGGAAGCUCUGGCAACACAGAUCAUCGUCGAGAAUUGUUCGGGAACAGGUCCUGCGAGCCCCAUCUUGUCCGCUGCCGCCGCCUCGAUGUGCCUGAGCACGCCCCGCACACUUACCAGUAUCCCGCCGCAAGAUGAUCCCAACUCCAACGGCGCCGUAUCCGGAUCAUCGUCCGACCCCUAUUCCGGUGACACGGACCGUCUGGAAAUAAGCGAGGACAAUGAAGAGGACGGGGUGCGGGUGAAUGUGGUGCACAUCUCCCAACAGUCGUCUGUGCUUAACUCGGAGGGCCAAAGCGCGGUCAACAGCAUCUCCGCCAAGGAAGUCCAGGCCGAGAAGCCAAGCCCUCGCGGCGCGCUGCCCGCCAACGGCAAGUUCAUCGCGACGGCGCUGGGAGUGGGUGUCUGCGCGCUGUUGGUGGCAUGGAAGUUGAAGCAUUAAGGCAGUGCUUCUCAAUUUUCUGUUACGCCCCCCUUAGCAAGAAGAAAACUUUUCGCGCCCCCCCCUCCCCACUGUGACUAUCCUAACUUGUCCUGUAAGUAGUAAAAUGUUGCACUGUCGCAAACGUCACAGAAGUAACAAUGAGAGCGCCACUGCCCCCUGCUGUGAAAAUGCGCAAUUACACUUUAUUCUAGUACUGCCAAAAAAAAAGCCUGUUCCCCAGGGUCACCCCAGGUAUAGCGGGGCGCGCCCCACUAUUUGAGAAGCACUACAUUAAGGAGAAGUGCUCCACGUUCAAGGCAGCGUUUCCCAACCACUUUUUGAGCCAUUUGCAUUGAAAAAAAGUCUCACAGCACAUCACCUGGCUUUUAGUGCAUGCCCCCUGCAUGCCAUCGACGUCACUCAACUGGUAGCCAAGCUCUAUCUUUCACUAUUAUGGAGCCUCCUUUUAUGUAUUUUCCAGGGUUUCUUUUUUCCCAUUCAAAUUUGUCAAGCUAGUUAGCAGACACAUAGACAAGAUAACAACACUAUUCUCUGUGGUGUGACCAAUUCAUCUUGACAUGUUAUUUUCACUUUACAAGGACCUAAUAGAAAUUGUAUAAUUUUCCGCAGCACAAUGGUUGGGAAUCACUGUUUCAAGGAGAACAAUUUACGUGUGCCUUAUGGUUAUGAAAACCGCUGAUGUUUUAAGGUUUAAUACUAGCAAGUAUGCAUAGUUUGUAGAUUUUUUUAUUUUUUUUAUUUGAAGAUAUGUUAUUGUUCUAUGCUGGAUACACACUAAUAUUGAUUUAAUGCCACGUUUUAAUUGUAUGAUUAGCAUUUCUUGUAAUGGUAACAGUUUUAACCAUCUUCUAAUAAGGAGUGGGAAAAGCUUGUGCUUGAAGGCCACAUUAGUAGAACCGUUAUUAUGAUUAUAUGAUUGAUAAAAAGUUAGUAUUUUCAAUAUGUACAGUUAUUUUAAUAUUGAAGUAAAACUCAAUAGAUAUUCAUUUUAAAGUCUAAGAAAUGGUCCGUUUCAGGGUAAUAUAUUUUCUAAAAGCUGUUUAGUCACCUUUUUAAGUGGCACGAAUAUAAAGAGAAACAGUAAAAUUGUGAAAGGCUGGAGGACUGCUGCUGCUUACUGUGUAUAACUUGAAGCCAUUUCUUUGUACAUACAUAGUGAUGUGUAUAGUAUGAUAAUAAAAUUGGAUCCCCCUAAA